GCAAUCACCUUUAUCAAACAAAAUGUUCAAGGUGGUGCGACUGGAUUAUGGGACCUAAUGCUACCCCAGGCGGGUACCGUAAAGAAUUUGAUCGAGGUCGAUUUUGUGCCCUGGGGUCAGGCUAAACGUGAGCUGAUAGAAGGAAAGCAAGUGUAUACCUGUGCCAAUGCUGAUACCGAUUGUUUGGGCACCCGAGUGCACGCCUGCAUCGCCCGUAACCACGUGUCGCUGUACCAGAAUCACCACGAGUUUUUCAUGGUGGUGUGCACCGGUAGCAAUGACAAUUGGAAAACCAAUCCCCUGGGAAACGUGAUCUCGUGCUCAAACACCAUACCC